AUGCCCUAUGUACCUCUAGCUACUAUUUGUACUCCGUACCUAAGUACCUUAGGUUUAUACUCAUGUACAUCUGUACCUUAUGCCUGUGUAACCCCAAACAAAAACAAAUAACCAAACAAGCACCGCGCACGUGCAGUGUAACCACAAAAGCGCCACGCCACAUCACACCCCCGCAAUCUCCAUCAACGCCAUCCCAAAGUCAUCCCAUCCCAAGUCAUUUUCAUCCUAUCCCAAGUCAUCCAAUCCCAAGUCAUCCAAUCCCAAGUCAUCUCAUUUCAUCUCAAUUCAUUUCAUUUCAAUUCAGGUCAUAAUAUGCGAGUAAUCCACCCAUGCAUGCAUGUCUCAUACCACAUU